AUGUUCUACGAUCUCAACAUACCCGUCACACCCUCAUCAGGCUCAACCCCGUCAGCACUGGACCAGCUCGAGACCAGGAAACGGGUCGAGCUGCUCGCUCAUUUGGGAUAUCAGGCCGUCGCAUACAACAACGAGAUCACCGGGAAAAUGCCACAGAACCAUGUCAACCCUAUCACAAAACUCGCCCUUCCAGGAAUCAACUUGAAGCAAUACUCCAGACUGACACUUGUCGUCGACGACAUUAGUCAGAACUACGGCCUGAACACGAACAACCCUUCGAUCGCGUCGUACGACAUUUUGGCAGUGAACCCAACGAACGAGAAGCUAUUCCAGGCGGCAUGCGGGACAUUUGAGGUCGACAUCAUCUCAUUGGACAUGUCGGCAAGGUUACCUUUCUACCUCAAACACUCGACCGUCGGACUCGCUGUCGAGCGUGGGAUCUACUUUGAGCUCUGCUAUGGUGCUGCCAUUCGAGAUGCGACGGCGAGGAGGAACUUGAUCAGCAAUGCACAGAGUUUGAUCCGCGUGACGAGGGGCAAGAACAUUAUCAUCAGCUCACAGGCCAUGCGCGCCAUGGAACUCCGUGGACCCUACGAUAUCGUCAACUUUGGCACUCUGCUCGGACUUAAUCAGGCGGUGGCCAAGGACUGUCUGAGCUCGCACUGUCGUGCUGUUGCCAUGCAUGCAGAAACUCGCCGGAAUACAAACAGGGCAGUGAUGUCCGUGGCGCCUGUGGCCUCACUCGCAGAGACGGAACAAUGGAAGCUUGGAGGUGGUACACCAGGUGGCAAGCGCAAGAAUGAUAAUAAGGGUACAGCUUCAAACAAGAAGGCCAAGGAGCACCAGUCGGAACCUGUGAAAUAA